AUGCUCCACAGGAUCUUCUUACUUUGUCUCGGUCUGAGCGUGGCAGGCUCGGCGCUGAGCUGCAGAUGGAUGGAUCACAAGUUCAAACAGCUCAGUGAGAACUCUUUGGAUCUACUAGAGAUGAUGGCUCAUAACUCCACUAACUCCACGGAGGAUGUAGAAGUGUCCUUCCCUGAGGAUCUGUACAGUCAGACGUCCAAAGCAGCAGCUGAGGAUCAACUUGCGCUCACGGUGCAUGUUCUGGAGGAGGUGGUGCUGCUGUUUGAGGAGGACCACAGCGCUGCAUCAUGGGACGACAGAAGAUUGGAGGACUUCCUCAACGUCAUGAGCCGACAGGCUGUCGGCCUUCGCUCCUGUAUUGUGAGAGACAGCCACAAGAAGAAGAACAAGAAGCUUUUCAUGUAUUUCAAGAGACUUUCACAUCAUAUGUUACAUCAACUGGACUACUCUGCUGAAUCCUGGGAACUGAUCAGGAAGGAAAUUAAAGGUCAUCUAAUGAGAUCCGAUCUGCUGCUUUCAUCUCUACUCGCCGGCAACUAGAAUCUGUCCAUCAGAUUAUUUAUCUAUUUAACUAUUUAUUUAUUUAUUUAUUUAUUUAUUUAUUCAUAUAUUUAUUUAUCUAUUUAUUCAUUCAGUCAUUCAUCAAGUUGUUUCACUUUUUAUUAGUUCAAUGGUUGAAUGUGCUAAUUUUUUUUUUUUUAAUUGCAAUAUGUACAUGUCAUUCAUGUCAUAUCCAAUAAAAACAAUGAAUUGUCCCGCAAACAAAAUAGUUAACAUUGUUUUUAUUCCGGUUGCAUCAACAAACACGAUGCU